AUGGGUAGCACACAACAGUCGUGGGAGCAAAUCGUGGCUCAGAAACGAGCAGCUAGAGAUAAGCUGCUCGCUCUGUACUUGGUUGACGAUGUAGACCAACGACAGCCUCGAGUGUAUCAGGUUCACGAACGAAGUCGAUUGAAGGAUCCAGAAGUGCAGAGAAUCACCGAGAUUGAUAGUAUCGAGGAACUGUCUCGACAUCUCCUAAAGGGGGAGUUUACGGCCGAGCAGGUCACCAGGGCGUAUAUCAAACGGGCAGUGGUGGCACAUCAAUUGACUAAUUGCUUGAGUGAGGUGGUCUUUGAAGAUGCCCUCGAACAGGCAAGGAAGCUGGAUGCCCAUUAUGAAGCAACGAAGAAGCCAAAAGGUCCUCUUCAUGGCAUUCCUGUCACUGUCAAAGAUCAGUUCAAUGUCAAGGGCAUUGAUACCACAUUAGGAUAUGUGGGAAGGUCUUUUGAUCCAGCCCAGGAAGAUGCGGUCCUCAUUCAAAUCUUGAAGGACUUGGGUGCGAUCAUCAUCGCGAAAACAAAUUUGCCUCAGAGUAUCAUGUGGGCAGAGACUGACAAUCCUCUCUGGGGACUGACGACGAACGCCAGAAACCCUGAUUUCUCCCCCGGUGGUUCCACUGGAGGCGAGAGCGCUUUGCUAGCACUGCAUGCCUCUCUGCUUGGGUUCGGCACAGAUAUUGGUGGGAGUAUCCGUAUUCCUCAAAGUACAAUGGGUCUGUAUGGCCUAAAGCCAAGUAGCGGUCGGUAUCCUUACCAGGGCGUCCCCGUGUCUACUGAAGGCCAAGAACAUGUUCCUUCUUCAGUAGGGCCGAUGACUCGAGACCUGGAUUCCCUCCGUUAUAUCACUCAGCUCGUUACAGAUUCCCGUCCUUGGGACUUGGAUCCCCGAUGUGCUCCUCUUCCCUGGAACGAGACUGUAUUCCAAGACAUUCAAACCCGCCCAAUGGUCAUCGGGCUCAUUAUAGACGACGGCGUGGUUCAAGUCCAUCCACCCAUCGUUCGCGCACUUGGAGAGCUAUCGGACGCAUUGAAGGUGCAAGGACAUGAAAUUGUGAUCUGGGAUACGUCCGACCAUGCUGCAUGCAUCGAGAUCAUGGACCUCUACUAUACUGUCGACGGAGGCGAAGAUAUUCGUCGUGAUGUCGCUGCUGCAGGUGAACCAUACAUUCCCCAUGUCGAGGCUUUGGUCAAUCGUGGCAAGCCCAUCUCGGUGUACGAAUACUGGCAGCUGAACAAGCGCAAGAUGGCCGCGCAGAAGAAAUAUCUCGAUAAAUGGAAUACCUUUCGAUCUCCUUCUGGCAAGCCUGUCGAUGUUUUGUUAAGCCCGACGUUGCCGCACACGGCUAUUCCCCAUUGCAAGUUCCGAUGGGUGGGCUACACGAAGAUCUGGAAUUUCUUGGAUUAUCCAGCUCUGACUUUCCCAGUGGAUGAAGUACGAGCUGAUCAGGAUUCCUUGCCUGCCGAGCCGUAUGUACCAAGGAACCCUCUAGAUGAGUGGAAUUGGAACCUUUAUGAUGCCGGAAAGGUGGAUGGAUACCCAGUGAGCCUGCAGAUUAUUGGAAGGAAACUCCAAGAAGAGAAAGUUCUCGGAGCUGCUACUGUCGUCGAGAAGAUCUGGAAGAGCCGCGUCAAGAGUACUUAG